CAUGUUUUUGACUGGUCGUGUCCUUCUUCCAAAUCGAGCCGCGGCGGGUGAGCUCCAGCAAAUCCCUAACCCUAAUGGCUUGCGAAUGGCGACGGCGGCGUAGAUCCUGUACCUAGCUGGGCUAGUUUGUCUGCUGGAGGAAGGUUUCCAUCUCUGCCCCAAGCUGUACCUAGUUGUGCGACCUUGGCUACAGGAGGAAUCCUGGUCGUCUCGCCGCCGGCGGUCGGACUGCCCGGGCGGACCUCUCCUGUUCGGCGCCGCGACGUUGGCUGAUUGAAUCUCCAGUAGCUCAACUCCACAAGGCUCCCCCUCCCCCUGUGUGCCUAGCUUCGACAUCUACUGACGGCAGAGAAGAAAUCUUGAGUCUUCACGAAAGCAGGUGACUGAACAAUCAGCUAUUUGGAUUUUGGCGUAGAACACAUUUUCUGGUUUGGUAUGAUGGAUAGAGGGAAGUAGUGCUCGUCGACUACUAAGCUGGCCCCUAGUGUUCUUUCGGUGCAUCUCGACCUGAAAUGGAGGGAAGUAGUGCGACGUCACCUUUAGAAGAGCCAACAUUUCCAAUAAUUGCAAAUUGUGUGCCAACUCUAUCAGCUGUGGAAUCGGUCAACAGUGCCGAAAAUCAAGUUUUCAGCGAUGCUACCUCAUUUGGGGAGAUUAAUUCUCCAAUGCUUCUCAUUGAUGAUUCCAGUACACCAAAGAAGAAACAAUCCUUCUCUCAAGAGGGUUCUUUGUAUAAACCCCAAUGUCACGAGGAAUUGAAGCCUAAAGUAGGGAUGCUAUUUGAUGAUAUUGGCUCGGUCCUGGAGUUUUAUAGGACAUAUGCACACAAUGUUGGAUUUGGUGUACGUCUUGGUCAGCAAAAGGUCACCAAUAAUGUGCUUCAAUGGAAGCGCUUCUUGUGUGCAAAAGAAGGCUUUCGGCCUGAGAAAGGUAUGGUUGUUGUUGACCCUUCAAAGAAAAGGAGAAAGGUGAAAUUGACUAGAUGUGGUUGUGAAGCUUUUAUCUAUGUCACCCGGGAAAGUGAUGGCAAAUAUAAGGUAGCUUCACUCAAUGAAUAUCACAAUCACCCUUUUGUGCCACCUAGCCAGCAACACUUCACGAUUGCCACCCUUAGAUCUAAUCGACAAGUUAGUGAGAGAGUGAAGUCAACACUCCACGAUUGCCAGAAAGCCAGUAUCGGUACCGCCUUAGCAUAUAGGUUUCUGCAUGUUGGUGCAGGGGGUUUUGACCAUGUUGGCUGCACACAAAAGGACCUAGAAAAUCACUAUGGUGUAUUGAAGAAUAAAAUAAAAAAUUGUGAUGCUCAAAUGCUAGUGGACCAACUUGGUAGAUUGAAGGCUCUCAAUCCUGCUUUUUUCUUUGAGUAUGAAGUUGACGAGGUUGGUACAUUGCUCCAUUUGUUCUGGACAGAUGCGACAAGUAGGAAAAAUUAUGGUCAUUUCAAUGAUGUGCUCUCUUUUGAUUCAACAUACAACACUAACCAAUAUGAAUACACCUUUGCACCCUUCACUGGAGUAAACCAUCAUAUGCAAAGUGUCUUUUUUGGGGCGGGGUUUCUACUUCAUGAGACAAAAGAAUCUUAUGUUUGUUUGUUCAAGGCAUUUCUUAAAGCAAUGGGUGGGAUUGCUCCUACAGUGAUCAUAACUGAUGAGUGUAUUAGGAUGAGGAACGCUAUUGCAGAAAUUCUACCGAACAGCAAACAUCGAUUGUGUAUGUGGCACAUUAUGAAAAGGUUCCUGGGAAGGUCCGUCCUGAAUUGAGGAAUGACCUUGGUUUCUAUGGUAGGUUGAAACAUUGUGUCUGGAAUUCUGAAACACCUACUGAAUUUGAGGAUAGAUGGAAGUCUUUUAUUACAGAGUUUAAGUUGGAGGACCAUGAGUGGUUCGCCAAAAGGUUUUAGCUUCGUGCGACAUGGAUACCAGCAUAUUUCAUGGAUAUUCCCUUAGCUGGUCUUCUUAGGACAACUUCAAUUUCAGAGAGUGCAAAUUCGUUCUUUAAGUGUUUCAUAUGUCGGAAGCUCACUUUUGUUGAGUUUUGGCUAAGGUUUGACACUGUGUUGAAAUGUCAGAGGCAGAAUGAGUUGAUUGCCGAUAACACAAGCAAGUACACAACAAGUGAAUUGUUGACAUCAUGGGAGAUAGAGAAACAAGGUAGGGAGGUAUUCACACAUGAGAUUUUUGAAUUG